UGGUCUGACUAAAGUGACAAUGAAAUUAAUGAGAUCCCGAUGCCAUGACUGAGGCCGUUUCCCUGUGUCUCCAAACAGAGAUGAGAGAAGAAAUGUCAUUAGGACGCCAGGAGGCUUUUGAAAUCUUCAAGAGGGACCAUGCUGACAGCGUUACCAUCGAAGACAACAAGCAGAUUCUGAAACAGAGAAUUUCUGAAGCAAAGGCCCUGGGAGAAAGUAUAAAUGAAGCAAGAAGUAAAAUUGGUCGCCUGAAGGAAGAAAUCACCCAGCGGCAUAUGCAGCAAGUAGCUCUAGGCAUCUCGGAAAACAUAGCCACACCCAGUAUGCCAGACCAGCUGGAAGAGAAGCUGAGAUCACAGCUGGAGGAAGAAAAGAGAAGGUAUAAGGCCAUGUUCUCGCGCCUCAAGGCCCUGAAGGUGGAGAUCGAGCACCUGCAGUUUCUCCUGGACAAAGCCAAGGUGAAGCUGCAGAAGGAGUUUGAAGCCUGGUGGGCAGAGGAGGCCACCAGCCUGCAGGUAAACUCUCCAGCAGUGAAAGCCCUCAGUCCCAUGAAGCCCUUUCCCCAGACGCCUGAACCCCAGCAUGAAAGGUCCCAGCAUCUCUCCAACAAAAGUUCUGGAGGCUGGCAAGUCCCAGAUCGAGGUCCAACAGGAUCAGUUUCUGGUAAAGACCCUCUUCCUGGCUUUGAUGUGAAUGCCAGAAAAAUCCUGCCCUCACCUUGCCCCACCCUGCACAGCCAGGAGCAGAGCAGCACCAGCGCCUCCCUGGAAGACAGCAUCCCUGCAAGGUCAACGUCGUCCGUCCCUCUCACCGGGGACAGCCAGACAGACUCAGACAUCUUGGCGUUCAUCAAGGCCAGACAGAGCAUCCUGCAGAAGAAAUACCUUCAGCUCCUUUGUUCUCUCUCCCCAAAGCCAGCUCUCCUUCACUCAGCCCUCUCAGAACAGGAGGGGCUGAGUGACGACCAGCUACAUCAGCACCGUUGUCAGGUCUUCUCCGAGGCCUGA